GAUUUUUAUUAUAAAAGACCAAUGUUUUUUACCAUUUCGAAUCAUCAUUUUCUUGAACUUCAAGUUUGAAUUGAAUAUUUCUUGAAAAUUUUUAUUAAACAAAUACUCUAUUAACCAUGCUUAAGUUUGUCGUUUUAGUCGCCGUUUUGGGCGCCUGCUUUGCUGAAGAAAGCAUGCAGGAAAGAUCGAAAAAAAUGAUGAGUGGUCAAUAUUACGGCAUAGGUUCGUAUGGUUAUGGUGGCCGAGGUUUUGGUUCCAGUGAUCGUUCUGGUCUUGGUUAUGGCUAUGGUGGUCACCAUUAUGGUUCCGGCGUGUAUGGUUAUGGUGCCCGAGGAUUUGGUUCCAGUGAUCGUUCUGGUUAUGGUUAUGGCCUUGGUGGUCACUAUUAUGGCCCCGCUAUGUAUGGUUUUGGUGUCCGAAGUUAUGGUGCCGGUUAUGGCUAUGGUCUUGGUGGUAACCGAAUGUACUAUGGUCGACGAUAUGGCGGCUUGGGCGGUUAUCAUGGUUUAGGGGGAAAUUUCGGAUAUUCUGGUAUCCUUCCAUCAUAUAGCUAUGGUUAUGGUAAUGCUGGUUAUGCUUUGCAACCAAUCACCACUGCUUACAUUGCCCAACCAGUUGUUCAAAGUAUGGACAAUGUUCGAUUGGGUGCCGCCAUUCCAUCGGUUGAAUUUAUGAGUGAACGUAGACCAGAAUCUCAAUCCGAAGUUGUUAAAGCUGCUGUUUACCGUGUACCAAACACUGUUGAAUACAAAAGCAUGCCAACCAAUUACAAUAAAGUUCAACCACAAGUUGUCGAAGUCGAACCAUCCGAAACUGCAUUGCAUCUUCAUUUCAAAACUGGAAGUUCCGGUAUUCUUCUUACACAAUCACACGAAAAAAGUCAAUCACCCGAAGUUCAAGUUGAAGAAUCCAAAGAAGAUGUUGCUCGAUUGAUCCAUAAAAUCGAAAAACCAAUCAUCCAAGAAGUUCAUGAAGUAAUUACUCCAUAUCGUCAAAUUACCAAAGAAAUCAGCCCAGUUGUUGAAGCAAUUCACACUAUUGUUUCAAAAUCAGAAGAUCAACGACAAAACUAUCAUGUCAUGGAACAUCCCCAAACCGUUUCGGUUCAUCGUGAACAAGCUCAAAUGGCCGUUGCACAGCCAGUAUCAACUGUUGCCGUUGCACAACCAGUAUCCACUGUUGCCGUUGCACAACCAGUUGCCGCAGUUGCCGUUCCACAACAAGUAGCUACUGUUGCCGUUGCUCAGCCAAUUGCUGCUCAACCAAUCGCUGUUGGUUAUGAAGAAAAAUACAUCGCUCCAAGUUCCUACGGAAUUAUGGGCUCAGGUUAUUCAGCUCAACCAAUCACAUAUGUUCAAUCAUCAUAUGAACCAGCUAAAUUGGGUUAUGGUUAUGAUGCUAGCCGAUAUUUGUCAUCAUCAUCAUCAUCAUCUUCAGCUGCUCCAUCACAAUCAUCAUUCGGUAACCGAUGGGAAGGUGAUGCUGGUUCAUUCCGUGCCAAUUUCGAUAACCGAGCUGGUAUGGUUGGUAACCGACAAGAACAAUACCAUGAAUCACGAUCAAGCUAUUAAAUUAUCGAUCCUGAUCCAUUCAUCAUCAUUAACAAGAUCAAUGUUGAAUGAAAAUUAAUUAGAAAUCGAUAAAAUUUUUUCCGAUCAACUGCCAAGAUUGUUACCUAAAUUUUAUUUCGAUCCUGCCAAUCCGGUAUCCCAAAUGAAUGAAGAAGAGCAAACAAAGGGAUUCCAAAUUAUUAUUAUUAUUAUUAUUUUGGUUCAAAGCUUUCUAUUUUUCUCAAAGAAUCUGUUCUUAAUUUUUAUUUUGUCCAACUUUCUCCCUCUUUUCUCCUUCUCUCAUUCAAUCUUAUCCGGUGCCCAACAAAAAAAAAUCCAUUAAAUAAAAACUUAUUCAAUGAAAAAAAA